AUGGCGGUACUAUCCGUCAUCUCCAUCCCAGCACUGCUGGUGUCGCUGGCGGUCGCCUUCGUCCUCGUCCAUGCCAUCCAGUACAUCCGCUUCCGAACCAAGGCGGCCCGUCUGGGCUGCAAACCCGCCGUCGCGGGAUUCAACGGCGACAUGGCCGGCCUCAGCCUGAUGCGCAUGGGACUCAAGGCCCAGCGCGAGAAGAACGUGCCCAACUGGAUGCGCCAGGAAUUUGCCCGACUGUCGGCGCGCGAGGGCCGCCCGGUCGGCACCUUUGCCAUGAGCGCGCCGCUCUUCCGCCGCGCGCUCUUCACCGCCGAGCCCGAGAACAUCAAGACCAUCCUCGCGACCAGCUUCAAGGACUUUAGCCUCGGCAAGAACCGUACCGGUAAUUUCAAGCCGCUUCUCGGCGACGGUAUUUUUGCAUCCGACGGCAAGAAGUGGGAGCAUUCCCGCGCCAUGCUGCGACCGCAGUUCGUCCGCAGCCAAGUCAGCGACAUCUCCCUCGAGGAGACGCACGUGCAGAACCUCAUGGCCGUUCUCGAGGGCCAGCUCGACAGCACCACGGGCUGGUCGUCCGCCGUCGACCUGUCGCCGCUCUUCUUCCGACUUACCCUCGACUCGGCCACCGAGUUCCUCUUCGGCGAGAGCGUCAACAGCCAGCUGCGGCGCGAGGGCGACGCCACCACCUCCGCCGCCGCCUUCGCCACCUCCUUCGACGCCUCGCAGAACCAGCUCGCCGUCGCCGGCCGCUACGGCAGCAACUACUGGAUCGGCCACACCAAGGAGUUCCACAAGGACGUGCGCAUUUGCCACGAGUUCAUCGACUACUUUGUGCAAAAGGCCAUGAACGGCCAACGCAGCGUCGGCGAGAAGGAGGGAGAACGCUACGUCUUCCUCGAGGCCAUCGCAAAGGAGACGUCCGACCCCGUCGAGCUGCGCUCUCAGCUCAUCAACAUCCUGCUCGCCGGCCGCGACACUACCGCCUCCACGCUCGGCUGGUUCUUCUACACCCUGGGCCAGGCCCGCCACCGCCACCUCUACAAGCGCCUGCGCGACGCCGUCCUCGACGAGUUCGGCACCUACCGCGACCCCAAGCCCAUCACCUUUGAGGGCCUCAAGAACCUCACCUACCUGCAGUGGUGCGUCAACGAGACGCUCCGCCUCUACCCGAUCGUGCCCAUGAACGGCCGCUCCGCCGUCAAGGACACGGUGCUCCCCGUCGGCGGCGGCCCCGAUGGCCGAUCGCCGAUCCUGGUCCGGAAGGGCCAGGACGUCGGGUACUCAGUCCACGUCAUGCAUCACCGCACCGACCUCUGGGGCGCCGACGCCGACGACUUCCGCCCGGAGCGCUGGGAGAAGCGCAAGCCCGGCUGGGACUACCUGCCCUUCAACGGCGGCCCGCGCAUCUGCAUCGGCCAGCAGUUCGCCCUGACCGAGAUCGCGUACAUCGUCGUGCGCAUGCUCCAGCGCUUCGACGAGCUCGACGGCUCCGCGCUGCCGCUCGAGUCGCACGGCCUGGGCCUAACCAACUGCCCCGGCGAGGGCGUGCCGCUGAGGCUACACUUUGCGGAGUAA